AUGAAGCCCCCGCUCAACAAAUGUUCAUCUGCCACAUGUGCAAGGAGUACAAGAACGCUGGGCAUGGAGGAGGUACAAGAGCUUGAUGAAGAAGCUCCCGAGAAAGAGGCGACGGACAGGGAUGCGUAUCGCUGGAACAACCGCGGGCUGCAGGAUGCGAUGUCUAGGGCAGUCAAGGCGAUUCUCCAAUACCUUCCGACAAUUACCGGAGACGGCAGCCUGCUUCCGCCGGGGACGAGGGGUCGAGGUAGCGACAAUGUACGCUCGCCCAGGCUCGAAGCUGCCGCAUUCAAGCGCCGUUUCCCGAAUUCGCCCGUAUGUAAGCCGUUGGAAAGCGUAGAGACUCGGGCUAUCGAGGCGAUGCAGCCGAGUGCGGCGACCGGAGCGAUGCAGGACAGACCUAAGAAAGACGAAGAUUUGGGGCAUCGCUUGCGGGAAGCGGCGAUGGCAACUUUCGCUACGAUCGACGUGGAAAUCGCUCCGUACGUGCACGAGGUUAUUUUCUUCGAAGAACUGGUCCGUGACGAUCGAUUUAAGGUGAACACCAGAGGUGGGGCGGGAGUGAGGAUGAUAUGCCCUGGAUGCAAAAGCAACAAGUUUGUGAAGCCUCCAGGGGUAUCGGGGCACGGGUUCCCCUGCAUGGGUGCGAAGUUGCGAGUGGCCCACGACGUAGCCGGGGUGGUGGUGCCAGUUACGGGCAGAUACGCCUGUCUGGGUCCAGGGUGCCCUUUGAGGUUGGAGAGUGCGAAGCGAUCAGCCGCGAGAAAAAAAAGUGUGGUUGCCGACGACGGGUGGGAUGAGGACACCAUCAAGAAGCACUGCCCGAACGGCGUGAGCUUCAACACCAUGGACGAAAGUAAGCAACAGGAGAUCGAGAGGAAGGCAGGCAGAGGGCCUACGCCGUGGCCACCGUGGAAGUUCAACCGCUCGUCAAUAACCGCGACCCCGUCCGUCGCCGUGUUGAACACAAUUUACGCGGCUGGGCACGAGGAGGAUAAGGGCCACAUGCAUCGCGAGCUGCUUUCCCUGGUCGACGGUCAGUUUGUUAACGCAGACGGCUCGUACCGCCUCAUUGGGAGGGCGAACCACGACGCCCACUGCCUGUAUAGUCUGAUGCGGGAGGAUGCGAAGAUUCACGCAUACGGGGCUCUCAAAUCCGAGAGCAAGGUUGAAACUUUGCCCCUCUACAAGAGGUACGCCGAGAGGCGGAGGAGGAGCGGCACGUUGACCACCCUGCAGUGGAUCAUCGAUGACUUGUGCUGCAGAGGCGCUAAAGACGUCAAGCAGUAUUUCCUGAUGAACAUUUUCCCUGGAGUGGUCGGAGGCCACUUGGGGAUGCAUUCCAUAUGA